ACUAUUGUAAUUAAUGCUGAGACACAGGCGGCAACAAGGCUUUUAUUAUAACGCGCGGGUGAGGAUGGCUUUUCCUGACCUUCCUCCUGCUGGAGUUCCAGUGCCUUAGUAUGUGCUGCUUGCGCUGAAAAGAAUUUAUAAUCGCGGGCUGUCAAAGAGAGCCAUUGUCCUCCCUGCUGCGAACACGUGGGGCAGCCCGAGUGCUCUCAGCUCCCCCCGCCAGGAGCUGGCCGCGAGCAGAGCGAGAGCAGGCCUGGAUUCUUCUGAGGCAUCAGGAAAAGCAUUUUGCAUAUUUUUCAUUGCCUUUUUUUUUUUUUUUUUUAACUUUCUGCCUCAGAAAGACAGCUCCCUUUCAGAGCAGGAAUUUCCCUUCAAGGUAGCAGGAGAGGGAAGCCCGCUGCUCCAGGAUUUUACGGAUCUGAUUCUGUUGCAACAACAAAUGCUGCGUGCAUUUGCCAGAUCGCAUAAACAGGAGCAGUGACACCGCUAAACUCGGGGCUCCGUCCCAGGACAGACAUGCGGUUAUGGAUUCGGAAAGGCGGGUCAAGGAGACUGAUGACAUUGAGAGUCCUAAGCGCAGCAUCCGAGACAGCGGGUACAUCGACUGCUGGGAUUCCGAGCGCAGCGACUCCCUGUCUCCCCCUCGGCACGGCCGAGAUGAUUCCUUCGACAGCCUGGACUCCUUUGGCUCCCGUUCCCGGCAGACACCUUCGCCAGAUGUAGUCCUCAGGGGAAGCAGCGAUGGGAGAGGGAGCGACUCCGAGUCCGACCUGCCGCAUCGCAAGCUGCCGGACGUGAAGAAAGAUGACAUGUCUGCCCGGCGGACCUCUCACGGCGAGCCGAAAUCAGCAGUGCCUUUCAACCAGUACCUCCCGAACAAGAGCAACCAGACGGCCUACGUCCCUGCCCCCCUGAGAAAGAAGAAGGCAGAGCGCGAGGAGUAUCGGAAGAGCUGGAGCACCGCCACCUCCCCCCUGGGCGGGGACAGGCCCUUCAGAUACGGUCCGAGAACUGCUGUGUCUGAUGACGCAGAGAGCACGAGUAUGUUUGACAUGCGGUGUGAGGAGGAGGCCGCGGUGCAGCCGCACAGCAGGGCCCGCCAGGAGCAGCUGCAACUGAUAAACAGCCAGCUGCGGGAAGAAGACGACAAGUGGCAGGACGACCUGGCUCGGUGGAAGAGCCGUAGAAGAAGUGCUUCUCAGGACUUAAUCAAGAAAGAAGAAGAAAGGAAAAAAAUGGAGAAAUUAAUGGCCGGGGAGGAUGGGACAAGUGAACGAAGGAAAAGCAUCAAAACCUACAGAGAAAUUGUUCAAGAAAAAGAGCGGCGAGAGAGGGAGCUGCAUGAGGCUUACAAGAACGCACGGUCCCAGGAGGAGGCGCAGGGGAUCCUUCAGCAGUACAUCGAGAGGUUCACCAUCAGCGAGGCUGUUCUCGAACGCUUGGAGAUGCCAAAAAUCCUGGAAAGAAGCCAUUCAACAGAGCCAAACUUAUCCCCCUUCCUGAACGACCCCAACCCCAUGAAAUACCUGCGGCAGCAGUCACUGCCUCCACCCAAAUUCACUGCCACUGUGGAAACCACCAUCGCUCGUACCAGCGUUCUGGAUACCAGCAUGUCAGCAGGCAGUGGGUCUCCGAGCAAAACUGUCACCCCCAAAGCAGUGCCUAUGCUGACACCCAAGCCUUACUCCCAGCCCAAAAACUCUCAAGAGGUUCUGAAGACCUUUAAGGUAGACGGGAAAGUCAGCAUGAAUGGAGAAACAGUUCAUGGUGAUGAGGCAGAAAAGGAAAGCGAGUGUCCCACGGAUGCACUUGCCCCCCCAUUAACCAAAUCCCAGAUGUUCGAAGGUGUGGCCAGAGGGAAUGGGUCCCUAGUGGAACAGAAACAAGACAGCAAUAGCAUUGAGAUCAGCAUACAGAAGCCAAAUUCUGUUCCCCAGGAACUGACGGCAACCACUGAGGAAAUUGAGCCGAACAGCCAAGAUGGGAAUGGUGGUGAAAAGCCAGAAAAAGGCAGUACAGAACUCGCCUCCUCAGAGCCUCAGCAUUUCACAACAACUGUGACUCGAUCCAGCCCAACUGUGGCCUUGGUGGAGUUUUCCUCUGGCCCCACGCUGAAGAGCGACGCACCAGAAGAAAAAGACCAGAAGAAACCGGAAAAUGAAAUGAGUGGAAAGGUGGAGUUGGUGCUGUCCCAAAAGGUGGCAAAGCCAAAGUCUCCGGAGCCAGAAGCAACCCUGACUUUUCCAUUUCUGGACAAAAUGCCUGAAACCAACCAGUUACAUUUGCCAAAUCUCAAUUCUCAAGUGGAUUCUCCAAGCAGUGAAAAGUCACCUGCAGCCACACCCUUCAAGUUCCGGGCAUGGGACCCAGAAGAGGAGCGCAGGCGACAGGAAAAAUGGCAACAGGAGCAGGAACGUCUGCUCCAGGAGAGAUACCAGAAGGAGCAGGACAAGCUGAAAGAAGAGUGGGAAAAGGCCCAAAAGGAGGUGGAAGAAGAGGAACGGCGAUACUAUGAGGAGGAGCGCAAAAUAAUUGAAGACACUGUGGUUCCAUUUACUAUUUCUUCAAGUUCUGCAGAUCAGCUCUCUACAGCUUCCUCUGUGACUGAAGGCAGUGGAACAGUGAAUAAGAUGGACCUGGAAAACUGUCAUGAAGAAGAACAGGAGACAAGGCCCAAGAAGCCAUUCCAGGGGGACAACAGUGACUUGUUGCUUAAGACCAGGGAAGGUGGUGCACUGGAGGAAAAGGGCAGCCUUACCCAAGGGGCCUUGACUGAUUCUGAGAACCUCGUAUCCAAAGGAACCCAUCAGGAUGAUCAGCUGGAUACAGAAGCUGGGGCCCCACGCUGUGGGGUGAACCCACAGCUCGCUCAGGAUCCACCCCGGAGUCAGCAGGUGUCAAACCCGCCAGUGAACACUGUAGAAGAUGUGAAGCCAAAGACCCUCCCCUUGGAUCAAAGCAUUAACCAUCAGAUCGAGUCCCCGAGUGAAAGGCGGAAGUCUAUAAGUGGGAAGAAAUUGUGCUCUUCCUGUGGGCUGCCUUUAGGGAAAGGAGCUGCGAUGAUCAUUGAGACCCUCAAUCUCUAUUUUCACAUCCAGUGCUUCAGGUGUGGAAUUUGUAAAGGACAACUCGGAGAUGCAGUGAGUGGGACGGAUGUUAGGAUUCGAAACGGUCUUCUGAACUGUAACGAUUGCUACAUGCGGUCCCGGAGUGCUGGCCAACCCACAACAUUGUGACAUGGUUUUCAACAUCCCAGAUCACUCACCAUUCUCUCUUGAGAUUGUCCCCUGGAAUCGUUAAACAGAAUCCCAAGUUCAGGGCUUCUCGGCAUUCAUCUAACGUCUGAAAGGCUAUUCUAAAAGAUGGUAUCUGUUCUUUCCUAGCACAGUGUUUGUGUUUUUCCUGGGUUCUUUUUCUUUUUUGCAUUUGCACAGUAUAUACAAAAGAAUAUUGAAUUUUAAUGAUUCGGGCUAGUUCAAAAGAAGGUGUUAGCAUGGUCAAACAGGCUUAUAGUUUAAAAUGUGUUAUUCUCUUCUCUGGGGAGUUAAUGAGAUAAAUGAUUCAAUAAACCUGUUUUGUUUUAGUAUUUCUAGGAAUUAAAUACUUUGUGUUUACAAAAUUGAGCUGCAGAAAGUGCAAGACAUGCCAAUUUGAGACGUGGUCUUUUGAGACAGGAGCUUACAAUUAAUGCAUUUCAGAAACUAAAAACCACAUCCUAUAGCUCUAAGCUAUAACUUGUUUUUAAUGCAAAGACACUAGUCUGUUAAUAUAUACUGUAAUCCUGAAAUAUUUGUGUUACUUACCUUUUGAGGUAGAGGUCAUACCAAUAAAUUAUUGCACCGUUAGUGUUAGGUUUUGUGUGCUUUGAAGGUUAUGUCAUUGAUAGAGUCUGAUCCAGCAAAUAAAGAGAACCCUGGCAAUCUCAGCUACACUUACACUCUGGACAUCGCCCAAGGGUAGGAAAAAAAACAGAGGAAAAUAUUUUAGUCAUUUCCAACGUUAUCACCAAAACAUGAGGAAGUUUGAGCUUCAAAAGAGUGCUGGGCCCGUGUUAGCCAUGAGAGCUCUGUUGCUUCUGCUGUUCAGACUCUACAUUCAGUAAAGACUCGGUAUAAGGCCUGAGGAAGCCCUCGUCGAGAUCGGUCCUUCAUUAGUGAGACCCCUGCUCACCUUGCCUGCAAGUUCUCCUCGAGGGCCUGAAGCACAGGUGUCUAAAGAACAGCACUGAGUUCAUCCUAAUAGAAUCCAAAUGACACUGAUGUGAUAAGCCACUGGUGUGUGAUCGGCAAGGACUGCAGGUCCCACAUGCAGUGCCCACCCUGACGGACGCCUGGUCUUCCCCAUUCUCCUGCAUCACCCACUCUUCUCUAUCAAGGACUCUGGGCCUUGCUCAUGGAGGCGUCAGAGAGAAACUUAUGUGGACAGCUGGUUGUUUUUUGCCCUGUGUGGUGAGUCCCAGCUGGCCAAGAAAGGAAUCGAAUGACUGAAAAGCAUCAUGUUUUAAAUCUCCAGGCUGUUUUCUUUAAGACUGGGGAAAGGGGAACUAUUUAUUCUGCCUUAAAACGAUGGCAAAUAAGUGAAGAUGACCUUUUGUGAAUGUAGACUAUGGAUAUCCUCCUAAUAGUUUAAUGUAGUCGAAAAAGGAGCUCGAGUAGAUGUUAUUCUGUUAUGUAAGCAAUAAUACUUACUGUGUCUUACUGAGUAUGGCUAGCAAUUAUUUAUUUACAUGCUAGACGGUCCUCUGCAUGCGGGUUCCAUGUAAGUGCAGAAAUUCCCUCGGCCACUGGAGGUGUUUUGACCAUUUUGUCAUUUGGAUGAGCUGUUGUUAGACUGAAAUUUACACAUCACUUCAUUAAAAAUUGUGCCUUAGAAAAUGCAAAGCUGUUGCACACAGUGAUGAAUUAUGGAUGCAGUACAUUGAAGAGAGAUGAAGUCACUUCCAAGUUCCCAAGACUUCUCAUGGAGGUGUUUGCUGUUUUACAGGAAAAAAAUAAGAAAAACAGAAAACAUUAAAAUGAAAAAGUUUUGAAAAUGUACAGAUUAAGUUCAAUAUUUUGAUUAACCACCUGCAUGUUUUAUUAAAUAUUUUGAUAAUGUGAUGUUUACACUUUGCAUGAUAUUAGCAGAGUACUUUACCAGAAAUAAUGCACAAACACAUGUAAAAUACGAUCAUUCAUAGCCAAUUUUUAUAGAAUACUUUUUACAUGUGGAACGCCAUCCGUUAUGUAGGGGUUCUAUGAAUAUCGCACAUUCUCUUCUGGUUUCACAAACCCAUUUAUACAUAUUUCUUAGUGAGACUCAUUGUCCAUGUACUGAAGCUAGAAUCGAGUCAAGAAAAAUAAAGCCCAUUCUCCGGCUGCGAGAUGUGCUUUCCCAUAAUGAACAAUAGUCACCAGCACAGAAUAAUCUCCAACAUUUUCUAAAUUCUAAUUGCCAACUGUUUCUAUUUCUAUUUGAUUUAUGUUUCAUUUGGAGUCUGUUACAUGGCAGCUCGGGCAGACUCGAUCUUGUUUCUUCCAAUGCAGCAUAAUGAGUGUGAUCUAUUUCUUUUCAAAUAAUCUUUGAGAUCCCAGGAAAAAAAAAGAAAAAAAAGCUCUGCUCCGUUGAGCUGCGAUGUACAUGUGUUUUCUUAAAGAUGAUGCAAGUGAGUGAUUUAUUGCUCCCGAGGAAGUACAUCUGAUUUUUUUCUCAUGCUCCGAAAGCUAGUCCCUUCUCUUUCUUGAGAAAAAAUGGGUGACUGUUUUUCACUGCAGACUUUCAUGGCAUUUCCUCACUUUCUAUGUAGUGGUAUUAAUGCAGUACGUAUUCUAGUUAUCUCUCCACAGUGUAAGACGUAACGAGCCCAAACGAUCCACCUCACGUGCGAGUCCGUCCAAAAGAUGUUCCUGGUCUGGGUGGGCCAAUGUUCUAUAUCAGUUACACUAACCUUCAUUUAAAAUAUUUAUUCUAAAAUGCCUCUGAGAAAUAGUAAAAAAAAAAUAAAAAUAAAAAGUUGUCUAAAACGCAACAGCUUUUAUAGUAAAUGUACAUUUAUAAAUAAAAUACUCAAAUCAA